AUGGGCAAUUUGGUGAAUUGGGAGGUGAUACAUGAAUUGCUACUGAGUUUUGCUGAAGCUGGAGCUAAUGUGUUGAGACUAAAAGGAGGGGGGGCAUAUUUUGCAGUCAGUCUGCUGUGUGUGGUUACUGAGCUCCUGGACAACCCUAAGCAAGAUCCUCUGCGCAUACUUGGAUGCCAAACCCUAACGAGGUUCAUCUAUAGUCAGACAGAUGGCACUUACACGCAUACCAUUGAGAGUUUGGUUCAUAGAGUAUGUAAGCUUGCUCGUGAAAGUGGUGAAGAUCAUGCUGAGAGCAUCGAGCUUGCAGCGCCUUUCUGCCAUGUUGGAACAAUGUUAAUUUUAUGGUUUCUACCUUGCCAGAUUGUACAUGUCACCUUGGAUAACUAUGAGCCUGACACACAUAUUGAAGAUGAUGAGAGAGGGGAGCCACAUCAUAAUUGGGUGGAUGAAGUAGUUCGAAGUGAAGGCAGAGUUGGUGUAGUUGGCGCUGAUUAG